CAGGCACAGAAGCAAGUACGGCAGCGUCUCGGAAGGUGCUGCGCUAGUAGCAAUGGCUGGGACGGCGCUGGUGGCCCGGGCGCGGCUCGGCGUAUGGAGCGUGAGGGCCAUGCAAACCCGAAGUUUCGGCUCGGACCAGGCGGAUAAUAUUGACCGGAGCGCGGGCUCCAUCCGGGAAGCUGGUGGGGCCUUCGGAAAGAGAAGCAAGGCAGAAGAGGACCGGUACUUCCGAGAGAAGACUAAAGAACAACUGUUAGCCUUGAAGAAACAUCAUGAAGAUGAGAUCGAUGUUCAUGAGGAAGAGAUCAAACGUCUGCAGAAACAAAUUGAGCGGCAUAAGCAGAAGAUCAAAAACCUAAAAUAUAUUGAUUAAAUGCACGCAGUUCCCCAUAGAAUGGCACAUACCAUUGGCCACUUGUGUGUAGACAAAGUUCCUGUUCAAUUAAUACUUGGUCUGUGUGCUACUAACAUAAUAAAUUGUUAUCAGAGAAAUGAAUCUGAUGCCUUCUAGU